UCAAAAAAUAACAAAGUUAACAUCACCACUCCCCGUCUCACUUUCUCCCACCUCUCGCUCUCUCUCUCUCUCGCUCCGACUGAGAGAGAAUACCACCAAAACUAAAUUAAUAAAAACAAAACCAACGCCGUUUACGAGCAAAGAAGAUAUAGCGGCGAGCGAGAGUUACAGAGAGAAACCCUCGACGAAGAAUCGCCGUAUCCAAAGAGGAACGGCGGCGGAGGCGGAGGCGGCGCGGCGAUGACGUCUCGGGCGAACCAGGCCAACGGCGACGACCGCCGCCGCCGGCCCUACCCUCCUCCGGGCAGCCGCCCCCAUUACCUGGGCCCGUCUUCCUCUAAUUCCUCCUCCGCCUCCGCCUCCCUCAAGGGCUGCUGCUGCUGCCUCUUCCUUCUCCUCACCUUCCUCGCCCUCCUCGCCGUCGCCGUCGUCCUCGUCAUCGUCCUAGUCGUCAAGCCCAAGAAACCCCAGUUCGAUCUCCAGCAGGUCGGCGUCCAGUACCUCCUCGUUGCCCCCUCCGUCGCCGCCGGAACCGCCGCCUCGCCGGCGCCGGCGGCGGCGUACCUCUCCCUCAACAUCGCGCUGGUGUUCACGGCGGAGAAUCCGAACAAGGUGGGGAUCCGGUACGGGGAGACGCAGUUCGUGGUGAUGUACCGCGGGGUGCCGCUUGGCGUGGCCACGGUGCCCGGCUUCGAGCAGCCGGCCCACUCCACCCGGCUGAUCCAGACCCGGGUCAGCGUCAGCCGGUUCAACGUCCUCCAGGCCGACGCCCUCGACCUCAUCCGCGACGCCGUCGUCAACGACCGCGUCGAGCUCCGCAUCACCGGCGACGUCGGCGCCAAGAUCCGCUUCCUCGGCUUCACCUCCCCCCGAGUCCAGGUAUCGGUGGAUUGUGCGAUAGUGAUCAGCCCGCGGAAGCAAUCGCUGACGUACAAGCAGUGCGGCGUGGACGGAUUGAACGUCUGAAACGGAAGCACGAGUGCAAGCAUUUUCCGGGCGGGAAAAAAAAAGGAAAAAUAUGUUAGAUUUUGUUUUUUAGAUUUUAAAUCUAAAUUUAACUUUCUUCGGGUCCAAGUAAAGUGCACGGCUUGCUAUCGUGCGCGGGAUGUGCAUGACUGUUUUUUUCUUCUUUUUGUAAUUUAAUAUUUUAUUUUUAUUUUUCUUUUUCUGGGGAGGGUUGGUGGUGGGUGGGAGGGUCCACUGUUUGAGAGUGAGGAGAGUGGGGGUGCGAAGAGGACAGCCCCACCCCCGCCCCGUUUUGUCCGUUAUCUGAUAUCUGGCCGUGCUGUAUUAUUUACGGUGAUGGGAUUCGAGUUGCUUCUAA